UCAGACAGAGUCCUCUCUCUAAGAGUAGAGAACAUAUGGGGGUUCUCUAUAUUCUUCAAGACAUUUUGAUCACUAUGACAUCUCUGAAGUUUGCUUCAUAUCUGACUUGUCUUUGCCUGUGGAGAUUAGCUCUGACAACUAAUCCUAAAUUGUCCUUGUCUGUGCGUCAAGACAAUGGUUUUUUAUCAGCCAAUGUUGGAGACAACGUGACAUUACGAUGUUUCUAUGAUGGUGACAAGGUUGCAGCUAUGUUCUACUGGUAUAAGCAAACUCUAGGACAGAAACCAAGGCUUAUCUCUACCUUCUUUAAACAUGAUAAAGCUGGCACUUUUACUGAUGAAUUCAGGAACAAUCCACGUUUCACACUGGAGACUAACAAUGGGAACAAUCACUUGACAAUCUCGGAUUUGCACAUUUCAGACUCAGCUACUUACUACUGCAUAAGUUGCUAUGCAUACACUUUUGAGUUUGCAGAGGGCAUUACUGUCAGUGUAAAGGGUUCAGGUUUGAACAUCCAAGCUUCGGUCCAUCAGUCAGCAUCUGAGACCAUCCAGCCAGGAGGCUCUGUGACUCUGAACUGUACAGUACACACUGGGACCUGUGAUGGAGAACACAAUGUUUACUGGUUCAGAAACUCUGAAGAAUCUCAUCCAGGACUCAUGUACACCCAUGGAGGCAGGAAUGAUCAGUGUGAGAGGAAACCCAACACACAAACAAACACCUGUGUCUACAACUUGCCACUGAAGAGUCUGAAUCUUUCUCAUGCUGGGACCUACUACUGUGCUGUUGCCGCAUGUGGACACAUACUGUUUGGAAACGGGACCAAGCUGGACUUUGCUGAUGAGGUGAACUCUCCAGACCCUCUUGUGAAUUUCUUGAGCGGAGCUUUGGUAUUCACCACCAUCCUGGUCGUUUUACUGGCUUUCUCAGUGUGCAUGAUGAACAAGAGAAACAUCUGCCAAUGUACAGCGUCUCAGAGAGUUUCAGCUUCUACCACAACAAAUACAGAGGGUUACCAAGAUGCAGACAACCUCCAUUAUGCUGCUUUAAGGGAUCACAGGUCCAACAGAUCAAGAAAACCGAGAGACAACACCAUGAGUGACUGUGUGUACUCCAGUGUAAGGCAGUAGAACUGGACAUGUUUCAUUUGUGUUUUGUUUUUGUGUAAGAUGUUUGUUAACACCUGUCUUGAGAAGUGAUGUACAUUUUCUUAAAAUACGAACAGUUUUGUCAACAUUAUACAAAUACAUAAUGAAUGUAAAGCCUUGGGUUGCAGUAAGCUACUUGAACAAGCUUGUGAAAUGACAGUACAGCUGUCUGAUGUGUUUUUUUUAUGUGCUGGCAAAGGUGCCAUCUUUCCACUGUCACUAUACCUAUUGUAUCGGUCUCUCAGUGCUGGACUGUUGAAAACACCUUAACCACUGACAAUGUGGACAUGUGUAGUAUGAAGCCUCACAGACCGGCAACACAUUCUCUUGAUUUAAUGGUUCAAGGAAUAGAACAUCCGCUCCUCUGUUCUGGGAAAUACUGUAUGCCUUACUCUUAGUCUACAUUUUUUGUACAUGUUGCUACAAACCCACUGAUGAAUUUGUUUAUAGCUUCCUUUGUGGUCUGCAGUCAAAUGAUCAGAUCUCUGUAUGCUUUGCUAAGGGUCGGACAUAUGCACAUUUUCAAACCUGUGCUAUCUUUGUUUUUGUGUCUGUGUGGUUUCAAGCAGGAUGUCUUCACAUUGUAAAUUUUUUUCUACAAAAGCAACUAUGUAUUCAGAAUCCUUUAAUUCUUUUAGUAGACAAUGAAUUAUUUUUUUCCAACAAAACCGGUAUAUUUAAAAGGCCAGAUUCAAUGAUGCUGUAAGUGAAAGACCAUAAUGGAAAUAAAUCUUGAACUAUUU